AUGAGAGCUGAUCAUCCAUUAAAAGCUGUGACUUUAACCCAUGUCAGGUAUCAAAGACGUGAUCAACUCGGCCAUUUCUUAGCCUGGGUUUCGUUAGUCCCUGUUUUCAUUUCCCUUGGUGGCUUUGUUUCUCAUUUCUACUUCCGUAGAGAGCUUCAAGGAAUGUUCUUUGGAUUAGGGCUUUUAAUAUCUCACUUCAUUAAUGAACUGAUCAAGAAAUCCGUUCAACAAGCCAGGCCUGAAACCUGUGCGCUAUUAGAAAUGUGUGAUUCUCAUGGUUGGCCUUCAAGUCACUGUCAAUACAUGUUCUUUUGUACGGUUUAUUUUACCCUUUUGACUUGUAAGGGGAUUGGUGGGAUUUGGAAAGUCACAACCAAGUGGGCUGCUUUGUUUUUGCCUUGGUCUUCGGCUGUUUUGACUAUGUAUUCCAGGGUUUAUUUCGGUUACCAUACUGUGGCCCUGUUUUUCGCUGGAGCUGCUUUGGGGACUUUUCUUGGGCUGCUAGGAAGGGUAUGGCUGCCAGAAAAGUCAUGGCUUCAAAGAACAGUUGAUUAUUAGGAACUCAUCGGGUCAGUGUCUUCGCCUUAGUGCUUUGAGAUUCUGCUUCAGAGCCCAUGGAUGAUAUAAUUCUAGGAUUUAGUGAAUGCUGAUCUACUACUGCAUGAGAAACCAGAUUGGAACAUUGAUGUUGAGGAUGCUGUGUGUUGGUUAAGAUCAUACUGCUGUUUUGUUUUUUGUGUGUGUUAUACAGAACAUAGAUCAUAUUUUACAAAUACGUCCCUGUAUUUUACUACCCUUUAAUUACUAUUACCUGGUUAAAACUUCAACAUGUGAUAACUUGCAAUAUCUUAAUUGGA